AUGACCGCGAUACCUGUGGAUUUGUUGCAAGGCGAAUGGUCGUGUCAGCGUGAGAUUGACCUGCUCACACGCACGCAGACAGCGCACCAGGAGCUCUCGUCGCGUCUGCAGUCUAUGACACGUGAGCUGCGUGGAGAACGCUAUUAUCCCUUACAGGUAGAGACCAAGCAGCUGCGUGUACGAGUGUAUCACACGUACGUCCCGCCCCAGAACAGCCUAAACGUAGACGGACUGGAAAUUACGAGAACUGGAAGCACGGCACAUACAGUAAAGAUCAAGUUGCUACCGCCGCAAACUCCCGAGCGAUUUACCAUUUCGCCAGAAUUGGAAGCGGCAAUUGGUCAUAAUAUUGGCCCUGCUAAGGCGUAUACGAAACAAGAUAUCGUACUCGCGAUAUGGGAGUACAUUAAACUACGCAACCUCAUCAAAGAGGACGACUGCCGAGUGGUAAUCUGUGACAAGCGGAUGGUGCAGAUGCUCAAGUGUGUAUCGUUGCCAUUUACGUCCAUUAUAGUGGCGCUUAAGCAGCAUCUGACACCUAUUAGCACCAUCGACCUCGAGUACACGCUGAACCUUUCAGCGGCAUGUGAAUCUGAGCUGCUGGAAGAGCAGUUCUUUGACGUUUCUGUUGCGGCAACGUCGGAACGUGACAGAACUCGGGCUCGCGCUCUUAAGGAAAUUGAGGAAUUACAGCAAGACCAAGAAAGGAGAUUGCACUGCUGA